UCCCAACCGAUUCACCAACACACCCAUUGCAUGCCUUGCGGCUUGGUGUAGGUAAAUCAGCUGAACGUUGCUGGUGGCUGAAACCAUACAUGACAGUCAUGACUUUGUAUAAGCCGUGGGGGCAUUUUGCUUCUCCUAUAUAACGACCCAUUCCCAUGAAAAAAGGCUCUAUGAGGCGACUAUUGGAAUCUGCUUCUAAACCAAGAACAAGAAAUGAAGGCUUCUCAGUCCAUCACACUUACAAUGUUCGCGCUCGUGCUUGUAACUGCCAGUGUGGUGCAGAAGGGAGAGGGGCUUACUUGUGGGAGCACAUUCUUCUCGGCAAUGGUUCAGCUGAUACCGUGCCGGGCAGCUCUAGCUCCUUUUAGCCCCAUCCCACCCAGCGGAGCCUGCUGCAACGCCAUCAAAGCUCUCGGGCAGCCAUGCUUGUGCGUCUUGGUGAGUGGGCCCCCAAUCUCAGGCGUCGACAGGAGCAUGGCUCUGCAGCUCCCCGACAAGUGCACUGCCAACUUCGAACCCUGUGAUAUGAUGAAAUAGACGAUAAGCAAGAAGAUGUGGAGGUGGCGUAAUGAAUAAUACACUAGAAUGCCAAUAGAAUCUUUCUUUGUUCAGUAUUUAGUACUUCUGACCAUAAGAAGAUCAAGAAAGAUCAUGUACUGGGUCCUCUGUGGAAUAAAGCUUCAACUUUUUCUGUUUUUUGGGGACUUUGUAAUUACCCCUUUCUAGUAGAACUCUCAAUGGUGCGCAACAUUGCUCUCCUGCUCAUGA